UUUUCCCCAAGCCACCAAUCAGACUUUGUUGGAUAAAUUCAAGAGGCAGCACGAACGGAACAGCUACAUCGAGUUCCCCGCUGUCAUGGAGCCCGCCUUCAUCAUCCGACACUAUGCUGGCAAAGUCAAGUACGGUGUCAAGGAUUUUAGGGAAAAGAACACGGAUCACAUGCGUCCGGACAUCGUAGCUCUGCUGAAGAGCAGCAAGAACGCGUUCAUCUGCGGGCUUAUCGGCAUCGACCCGUCGGCCACGUUCCGCUGGGCGGUUCUCCGAGCCUACUUCAGGGCCCUGGUGGCUUUUAGAGAGGCUGGAAAGAGACACACACACAAGAAGAUCGGGCAUGAUGACGCUGCUCCCUGUGCAGUAUUGAAAAAAGUGGAUAGUUUUAGCUUUCUGCAACACCCUGUACAUCAGAGAAGCUUAGAGAUCCUGCAAAGAUGCAAAGAGGAGAAGUACACUCCAGAUGAGAGUGAAAAUGUUGUACAAAGUGGUGAUGAAACUGAACAUGGUAUGACCAGGAAGAGUCCCCGAGCUCCACUGUCAGACAUUCAAGGAAGCAACACCAUGAUAGAUAAAUCACCAUGGAACUCUCCGGGGCUUGGCUGGAACGGCCGUGUGGGUCGGCGGAGCUGCAGCUCCUCCAGCAGCUCCACCGCAGAAGAUGACGGUAUCUUUGUGAACUCGGCCAGCAGCAAACUCCUGGAGAAGGCUCACGACAUCCUGAUGAGGAACAAGAACUACAAAUCCAAACCAGUCCUUCCAAAGCAUUUACUGAACGUCAAGUCACUGAAGUACCUCAGCAACCUGACGCUUCACGACCGCAUCACCAAGUCACUGCUUCACCUCCACAAGAAGAAGAAACCCCCCAGUAUCAGCGCACAGUUUCAGGCUUCUCUCAAUAAGCUGAUGGAGACUCUGGGUCAGUCUGAGCCUUAUUUUGUCAAAUGCAUCCGUUCCAACGCUGAUAAGCUGCCCUUACGGUUCGACGAUGACCUGGUGCUGAGACAGCUGCGUUACACAGGUAUGCUGGAGACCGUGCGCAUCCGGCAGUCGGGAUACAAUGUCAAGUACAACUUCAAGGACUUCGUCCACCACUUCAGUGUUCUGCUGCCAGAGGGCACCAAAGCUACCAGAGAGAGCAUCCAGGAAUGUCUGGAUCACUUAGACCUGCAGUCAGAGGGUUUUCAAGUGGGAAAGACAAAGGUAUUUCUGCAGGAGGCUGAGCGUCAGCAGCUGCAGGCCUCGCUCCACCGAGAAGUUCUCCGACUCAUUGUCCUGCUGCAGAGAGAGUUCAGAGCGCGGCUGGAGAGGAAGCAGUUCGUGAGGAUGAGGGAGGCGGCCAUCAGCAUCCAGAAAUGGUGGCGUUCCAACCAGCGCAUCGAGGAGCAGGAGUGUUAUGACCCCCGGGUCGAAGAGGAGGCAGCUCUGUGUCUGCAGACACACUGGCGAGGUUACAUAGUGCGCCGGAGCCUCAAACAGCAGAGGCUUGCUGCUUUGGUUCUACAGAGAGCAUGGAGGUCCUGGUUCUGUCGGCGCUGCUCAGCGGCUCUGGUCGUUCAGACAGCGUGGCGCUGCCAUCGAGCUCGAGAAGCCUACGUACGACGGCGUUGUGCUGUGAUUCAGCUACAGGCUUUUAGUCGAGGGUUCCUCGCCAGACAGAGCUUCGCUAAACUGAGAGAACAGAGACGGAGAGAGGAGGAGGCGCAGCGGCAUGAGAAGCUCCUCCAGCUUCAGAAUGGCCAGGUGAGCGUCUCACCUGAAGAGGAGGAGGAGGAAGAGGAGGAGCCUGACCAAAUCAUGGGGCUGGACCUCAGCACUUGGGAGGAUCGGUCCUACCAGCAACGAGAAAGGAGCCUCCACACCCUCAGCAGCCACAGGCCUGAUGAGAAGGAGGAGGACAAAGAGGAAGAUGAUGACCACUCAAGAGCAACAGAGAGCAGCUCCAGAGCAGAAACUGAAUUUAACAUCUCAGUCCCAACAUCCACCACAGUGGUCCAGGAGAGGAUGAGAACUGUUGAUGAGCUGAGUCAAAAAACUACUCGGGCUAAGAGGGAGAACCGGAGGCUGAGGGAGCUGGAGCAGGCCCAGUUCAGUCUGGAGCUCCUCAAGGUCAGAGCGAACAGUGGUGGAGCUUCGUCGCCCUCUGAGGAGCGGCGCUGGUCUCUGGAGCUGGUGGGACCCACGAGUCCCCCAGUCCAUUCGUCCCUAGGCACACCUGACAGCCAGAGCUCCAAAGGCAGUUUUGAGCUCCUCACUAUGGAUGAGGAGCCUCCCAGAGCUCCGGAGGAGGUGAUGGACAGCGAUGAUCUCCUCUCUCCUGUCUCACCCAUUACUUCAUUUUCAGAUUCUAAUAUAGAGGUUGUCCCAUCAGGCCCAAAGAACACAGAACCUGAUAGAACAAGGCCUUCUGAUACUGUUCCAAGAACAAGCCAGAGCCCGACUAAAGUGGAUCUCUCCGCCCCCCAGCAUCCGCCCAAAAUGGAUAACUACCUCCCCACAUUUUACGUCCCUGCUCACGAAGACAGCACUGCGGUCUCCCAUCAUCAAGCCGAAGAGCCUCAGAGAAACAAAACAGGAGCCGUCUCUACAACCACCAGUGACAUUUUGAAGCCUUUCAAAGAAAGACGGGAGUCGGCACGGCGACCGGUGGUGGUGGUCAUCAGCAUGCAGAAAGAAUCUCCCAUAGGUGAAGAGCUGUGCAGCAACAUCCGUCCUCCUGCAGAAGUCCGGGAUUCUGCAGCCCACACGGGGAAUUUGGUUCCUUCAUCCCAGGAAUCGGCGCCAGUUCCUGUGAAUCAGGUUCCCGUUUCUCAGGCUGACCAGGCGGUCCUGGAGAAGUUGGUGCGCCUGAAUGAAAAGAAAGAAGAGCGGCAACGCAGUCAGCAUCAGCAGAAUGAGAAGGAGAUGAUGGAGCAGAUACGAAAGCAGAAGGAAGCUCUGGAGCAGCAACGGCUUUUCUUUGUUCAGUACGAAAAAGAGAUGUUUGAGAAGCAAAGAGGAGAAGCUCUGGAAAGGAUACAGCAGAGCCGCCAGGGUGGGCAGGACCUCACCAGAACCGCAUCCUCCGUCAAAACCCCCAGACCCAGCUCCCUGUUGAUAGAGAGAACACAGCAAGUCCCACACAGCAGAACCCAGUCAGACUCCACCCCCCCACCGCUGCACUCUCCACCAGCUGAGGACAGUAGUGGCCACCUCCCCAAGCUACCACCUCCUCCUUCAUCUGCCCCCACAGAGAGGCGCAAAGACAGACCUGCUACUGAGGGCUGGGCACCCAAACUCGUCCUGGAGUCGAGAGCUGGAGCAGGAACCAGAGAGAAAACCACUUCCAAGAAGGCCGCAAGUCAACCAGGUUCUUCCGUCGGUACAAAAGAUAAACCAGGCAGCAUCUUCUUCUCUCCACAUGACAAAGAGAUGUUUACAUCUUUUAAUGAUGCAGCCAUUAAAGAAAGAGCUGCAGUUGCUCCCCGAGCAGGACCUGUUCCGGCUGAAAAACCCUCCAAAGGAGCAAAAGCAAGAGAGGUUGGAAGAGUGGGCCAAAAAAAGAAAGCCAGAAUGGCACGGACCCGUUCCGACUUCCUCACCCGCGCCCCCAGCCUCUCAGCUGGGGGCGAUUCAGAUGAGGAUGACUACGAUGGCGACAGCCUCGCCAGCCCCCGUCAUUUCACUCUACCCCUCGCCAAACAGAACUCCACGGAGGCGGGCUUGAGAGAGUCCUGUUUCAGUGACUCGGACAUGCCUGCAAGUUCUGAGGCACAGAAGAAGUUGCACAAAGCCAUGUCGUCAGGAGAUCUGGGUAAAGUGGACUCUAUGCGCAAGAAUUCACAAGAUGGAAGCAGGGUUCGAGGUAAGAUGCGUUUCUGGGGCAAAUCCAAGUACGGGGAUAAGAAAUCCUCCAGAGAAAAGCUGAUUUGUGGAAGUGAUUCCCUCGAUGGAUACUAUGGAGACACUGGUCCACUUCUAGGGGAAGCUGGCCAGGAAAACAUGUCACCACCCUGCAGUCCCGAUUCCAUCCCGGAUCGUGGGAUCCGGGACCCGAAGGAGAGCAAGGAGCUGUCUCCCAAAGUGAAGCGAAGGCGCAGCGUUAAGAUCAGCAGCGUGACCCUGGAGCCGACUCAGUGGCAGAACGAUUCGCUGCAGAUCCUCACCUCCCUCGGCGACUACAGGAGCAUGAAUGAUUUCCUCAUAAAGAAGAUUAAUGACUUGGACACAGAGGACAGUAAGAAGGACACCAUGGUGGAUGUAGUGUUUAAAAAGGCUCUUAAGGAAUUUCGUCUAAACAUCUUCAACUUCUACUCCACCGCUCUGGCAAUGGAUGAUGGAAAAUGUAUCCGCUACAAAGACCUCUACGCCCUGUUUGAGCAGAUCUUGGAGAAAACCAUGCGACAGGAGCAGAGGGACUGGAGGGAGUCCCCCGUCACAGUGUGGGUCAACACCUUUAAGGUUUUUCUGGAUGAGUUCAGGACUGAGUACAAGUCCUUGGACAACCUCAGCAAGCAAGUUCCUAAGCCUGAACGCAAAAAAAGAAGGAAUAAGGACGCAGACAUCGUGGAGGAGCAUAACGGCCACAUCUUCAAAUCCACCCAAUAUAACAUCCCCACUUAUUGUGAAUACUGUUCCUCUCUGAUCUGGAUGAUGGAUCGGGCCUGUGUGUGCAAAUUGUGCCGGUACGCCUGCCACAGGAAGUGCUGCCAGAAGACAACCACUAAAUGCAGCAAGAAGUUCGAUCCAGAACUUUCUUCCAGACAGUUUGGAGUGGAAGUUUCUCGCCUCACCACAGAGGAGAGGACGGUUCCCCUGGUGGUGGAAAAGCUGAUCAACUACAUUGAGAUGCAUGGCCUCUACACUGAAGGAAUUUACAGAAAACCUGGCGCCGCCAACAAAAUUAAAGAGCUGAAGCUGGCGCUGGACACGGAUGUGGAAAACAUGAAUCUGGACGACUACAACAUCCACGUCAUUGCCAGUGUUUUCAAGCAGUGGUUGAGAGACCUGCCUAGUCCGCUCAUGACAUUUGAGCUGUACGAGGAGUUCAUACGUGCCAUGGGUUUGCAGGACCAAAAAGAGAAGAUUAGAGGGGUUUAUUCUGUUAUUGACCAGCUCAGCAGAACUCACCUCAACACUUUGGAACGCCUCAUAUUUCAUCUUGUCAGGAUCUCCUUGCAAGAAGAAACGAACCGGAUGUCAGCGAACGCCUUGGCUAUAGUCUUUGCUCCCUGUAUCCUUCGCUGCCCCGACACCACCGACCCUCUGCAGAGCGUCCAGGACAUCAGCAAGACAACAGCGUGUGUAGAACUUGUCAUUUGUGAACAGAUGAGUAAAUAUAAAGUGCGACUAAAGGACAUCAACACCCUGGAGUUUGCUGAGAACAAGGCCAAGAGCAAGCUGACCCUCAUUCGACGAUCAAUGAGACCAGUACUAAUAGCUGUUAGGUUUAUGAGCAUAGCACACAUUAUGGGCAAAGGUCAGGUGCGGCGGUUGAACUACCAAACUCCUUCACCUCCCGUCAGUCCUCGGCUGCCACCUAUGGUCGACGAAGUGAGAGAAGAGAACGGUGGUGAGAAGGGGGCGGCGUCUCUCACUGACAUCUCUGAACAUCAGCAGGCAGCCAUGCAGCAGGAAGAGAGAGUGCUGACUCAGCAAAUUGAGAGCCUGCAGAAAGAGAAAGAGGAGCUGACUUUUGAGAUGUUGGCUCUGGAGCCUCGGGCGUCAGAUGAUGAGACCCUGGAGUCUGAGGCCUCUAUCGGGACAGCAGACAGCUCUGAAAACCUCAACGUGGACUCUGAAGAAACCAUUUCAGAUUUCUCUGAAAGAGGACCAGGAAUGACUUCCCAAUGGCCCCUUAGAUCAGAUGGAAAGAGUCACCGCCGACGCACACACUACCCUCAGCCUGACAAUGUGGACUCCGUAGACUCCUGCCCCACUGUUUCAUCCUACUCCUCAUCUUCACACUUCCACCCAUCAUCAUCAUCUUCCACCUCUGCUGCCUCCAGACGGCUUCGGUUCCAGUCCAAGACUCACGGCCAGUCUCAAGCCCAGUCCGUGAACGCACCUCAGUCCCCUCGGUCCGACAGCUUUGACAGCAGCCCCACAGGAGAGCAGCAAGGCCCCUUCGAUGAGAGGCCUCAGUUUACCAGCCGCGGCACAUACAAUCCUGAGAAGGGUAAACAGAAACUUAAAGGAGCUAAGCCCUCAACAGGUAGGCACACGAGAGACAGCGGAGACCUCAGUGGGGACCCCCCUGACUUACCACAGCACUUGGUCUUAUACGGUAAUAAUGAAUUCAUGGUAUGAAGGACAUCUGGAAGCCAUAGUUCAGCUCCCAAACAAAUAGAAUCAUCAGGAGGUGACAUUAAGCCACCUUAUCUACACUCCUCAGAACACUCAUGCUUUACCCCUUCUUGUUGAAUCCUGUGGAAAACGUGCCGUGCACGGUGCUUCCCCCUCCGCAUGGAGGGUGGUGUCCUGCUAAGGGACAGAAAUCAGGAAAGAGCUUCUGUUGCCACUCAUGCUUUCACAGUGCCUUGGCAGCUCUGUUCUCAGCACCGAGAGGAGCUACACUGAGCAGCAGGACAGAGAAAAGGGAAUGUUGGAAUAUGGAGAAGGCCGCUUCGCAUCAGGGAACGUAGCCGAUUUGGAAAGCUGGAGAGGGGUAAAUGAGAAGAGACCAUCAGGCGUCACUGAAGUUCCAGUGGACUUAAGCUCAGAAUAAUUAGCUGCUUCUUUGAGUUUACAGUUCAAUCAGUGUAAACAGUUGAUGUUCUGGUAUUACAAGAUGAUUUUCCUUUAUUUAAUAAAUUUUAAUAUCACAGAAAUGCUUUAUAACGUAUAAUAUACAGGUAUAAAUACUGUACAAAGCUGGAACACCAGCCUAUGCUGGGUCGUUGAAGUUAAAUCUUUAUAUAUAUUUUCGAGUAUCCUGGAUUAGGAUGUUCAGAUUUGCGCGCUGUGUGUGUGUGUGUGUGUGUGUGUGUGUGUGUGUGUGUGUGUGUGUGUGUGUGUGUGUGUGUGUGUGUGUGUGUGUGUGUGUGUGUGUGUGUGUGUGUGUGUGUGUGUGUGUGUGUGUGUGUGUGUGUGUGCGUGCGUGCGUGCGUGCGUGCGUGCGUGUGUGUGUGUGAGAAAGACAAAGACCACUUCAUGUGUUUUAAGUUUGCUGCUUUUUCCCCCAUAAGAGGGAGGUAUCGCCAUCAAAGGGACCAAGUCAGCUGGUGUCCAUUCCAGCCAAGGAGAUCCCAGCUCUGGAAGGAUCUCAGAUGUGUACAAAAUAAAAAUAAAAAUCUGCAUUCUCCUGCUUGACAGCCAUAAAAUAAUUGUAAUGUAUAGUUCCUUUGUACAGCAUAGUGAACAAAUGCCAUUGUUUUUUUGAAAUCUAUUGUUAUCCACCAACUCCUGAAGCCUCCCUCCCCAGCCUGUCUCUGAAGUGUUUGCUUAAGAGCAAUCAAGAAAGAGCAUAAAACCA